UCUGGCCAGCUCUUUUCCAAGUCAGUUCUUCUAGGGCACUGGUUACUUGCUUCAACAGGAAAUAUUAUUGGUUCACAGAUCAAGAUAAAAUUCCGCUAGUGCUCAGUCUUCAUGUUUCUGCACAAUGGAGAGCAGAUAUUUUGCAUUUUAUCCAGGGCUCUGGGUCCUGCUAAUAUCUUUGGGAGCUAUUGCCCAGAAGCCCGGAUCUCCCUGUGCUCGGUGCCCACGGAAUGCCCUUUGUAUCAAUGCCACUUUCUGCCGCUGUGAUCCUGGAUUCACUUCUCUGUCUGGACAGACCAUCUUUAGCAAACCCUUGGAGGUCUGUAUAGAUAUCAACGAGUGUGGCCCACCUUUUUACGUGUCUUGCGGAAACUUUGCGGAUUGUCACAAUGUGGAGGGAAGUCAUUACUGUGAGUGCACCUCUGGGUACAAGCUCCUUUCAGGAGGCACCAAAUUCAAAAGUGAAAAGGAGAAUACUUGUCAAGAUGUGGAUGAGUGCAGCUCGGGGCGACACCAAUGCCACAACUCCACCUACUGCGUCAAAGUGAGAGAAAGCUACAGAUGCUACUGUCCCCAUGACUGGGUGACCAGAUCUAUGCAUCUGAAUAGUCUAAACACCACCAUCUGUAAAGAGAUCCCUUUCUCCUCAUGGACACCACCUUCUGGAGUUAACAGUCAGAGCCUCUCCCACUUCUUUGACAAAGUCCAGAAGUUAUCUCGAGACUUCAGUCCAGCCAAGGCCGAGAAUGCCAUCCAGGAUCUUGUGCAGGAGGUGGAUGAGCUUUUGGAGACCCCUGGUGACCUGGAGAGCCUGCCCCGCUCAGAGCAGCAUUGUGUGGCCACCAACCUGCUCUUUGGCCUGGAGGGUGUUCUGAGAGGGCUGAGCCAGGUCUUGCCCAAUGGGCUGUUGACUCUGCAUGCUCCUGCAGGCACAGAACUGUCUCUGAAUGUGCAGGAGCGAGGAGUUGGAGACGUCACCUUGGGCCAGAGCCAGGCAAAGAUGCUGUUCAACUGGGACGCGGUGCAGGAAUCUGGUGAGGCAGGCCCUUCUGUCGUGGGCCUUGUCUCCAUGCCAGGGAUGAGCAAGUUGCUGGCUGAGGCCCCACUGGUCCUGGAGCCUGCGAAGCAGGCAGUUCUGCAGGAGACACACGAGGGCUUAUGGCAGGGAGUCUCCUCCGUCCUGCUCUCAGAUGUCAACUCCGCCUUUCUGAGCAACAAGGACACCCAGAACCUCAGCUCCGCAGUCACUUUCAACUUCUCUCACCAUCCGGUGAUCCCUGGUCCAAGGGAGGAGAUACUCUGUGUCUUCUGGGAACAUGGUCAGGAUGGAUGUGGUCACUGGGCCACCAAAGGCUGCUGGAUGGUGGGCACCAGAAACACCAGCACCACCUGUCAAUGCACCCACCUCAGCAGCUUUGCCAUCCUCAUGGCCCAGUACGAUGUGCAGGAGGAGGAUCCCGCCCUGGCUGUGAUCACCUACGUGGGGCUGAGCCUGUCUCUGCUGUGCCUCCUCCUGGCGGCCCUCACCUUCCUGCUGUGCAAAGCCAUCCAGAACACCAGCACCUCGCUCCACCUGCAGCUCUCGCUCUGCCUCUUCCUGGCCCACCUGCUCUUCCUCACGGCCAUCGACAGAACUGAGCCCAAGGUGCUGUGCGCCAUCAUCGCGGGUGCCUUACACUACCUCUAUCUGGCGUCCUUCACCUGGAUGCUGCUGGACGGCCUGCACCUCUUCCUCACUGCACGCAACCUAACGGUGGUCAACUACUCCAGUGUGAGCAGGUUCAUGAAGAAGUUCAUGUUCCCUGUGGGCUACGGAUUCCCGGCUAUGAUCGUGGCCAUUUCCGCAGCGUCCGGGCCUCACCUUUAUGGGACACCCACCCGAUGCUGGCUCCAUACACACAAAGGAUUUAUAUGGACCUUCCUUGGCCCUGUCUGCACCAUCUUCUCUAUUAAUUUGGCUUUCUUUAUGAUGACCCUCUGGAUUCUGAAAAACAAGCUCUCCUCACUCAACAGCGAUGUGUCCACCCUCCAGAAUACGAGGAUGCUGACAUUUAAAGCGACAGCUCAGCUCUUCAUCUUGGGCUGCACCUGGUGUCUGGGCAUCCUGCAGGUGGGCCCAGCUGCCCGCGCCAUGGCCUACCUCUUCACCAUCAUCAACAGCCUGCAGGGCGUCUUCAUCUUCCUGGUGUACUGUGUCCUCAGCCAGCAGGUCCGGGAGCAAUACAGGAAAUGGUUGAAAGCGGUCAAGAAAACCAAAGCGGAGUCUGAGAAGUACACCCUUUCCAGCAGGGCCACAUCUGAUGACUCCCACCCUAGCAUGGAAGAAUUAUAAAGAACAGUUAAACCAGAUGGUCUUGUAUCCUGGAAAAUCAGGAAAAUUCGGAACUAUCAUUUUUAGGGCAAAGAGUAUAAAAAAUACUUCUUUGUGUUCGUUACAAGUAACUCUUCAUGGCACCGUGUGGGAGAAAGUAUACUUGACGUUCAGUUGCUGAAGAAUUGGGGUUUUCUGCAUGCUCAGCUCACUCUUGGCACAGUCAAAAAACUAUGCCCAAUUCCCCAGUUGCCUUGGGUUAAGCCCUUUGCUUCAACCUCUUUUUCUACAAACAUGUUUCUCCAGUUGAAGGUAUUUACUAAGGAAAACUCAAAUGACUUUCUUAAAAUAGCGUAAGAGAAGCAUGUAUAUAGGGUAAACAACUAAUCCCAAUUGCCCAAGACUUCCCUGGUUUGAAUACUGAAAGUCCUACAUCCCAGGUGACAAGGACUGUUGGUCUCCCAACCUACAUGCCUCACUUUCUUCACUCUUCACUUAUAAAAACUUACUAAUUUAUUUACUCAAAAAUUAUGUUUUUAUUAUUCACCAUGUGCUGCAUUCAGCUCACAACAGAUCUAAUUCCUGAUUUCACAGCGCUUACAUGAAAAAAAAAAACCUAAUUUCUUCAGUUAGAGUAAAAUCAGAACUCUAUGAAUAGAACAUUUACAUCUUUAUAUUUUAUAAUGUGAUCUGUGGAAAAAGGUGUAUAUUGCUGCUGCACCUUUUGUAGCAUGUAUUUGUACAAAAUAUAUUAUUUCAUUUUCAGCAUGUGAUCUACAAAAGAUCUAAAUCCAGAGCAGUUACACUUAAAAGAAAUUCCCUCUGGGGUCCCACUUACCAAAUCUGAAUCAAUUUGAACAUCAAGGAAAAUUACUGUAAAUGAUUACAACACGUUAAAUUUAAAAAUCCAUGUGUCCAUAGGGAUACCUAAAAUAUCAGCCAAUAAAUGUAGACGAUGUGAUAUAGAAUGAGAAAAAUCAUGAUUUUUUUCAAUAACCCAUUUGUCCACUAAAACCAUGGGGCAUUCAACAAACCAAGUCAUCUGGACUCUUCUAAAGUCAUUAUCAUUUUUAAAAUUGACUAGAGUCUGCUCUACAUUAAAAGAGAAAAAAAUGAUAUAAAAUCAUAUUCAAUGUCAAUUUUGCCUGGACUCUGGUUCAGAUAUAUAGCUAUAAAUGACAUUUUGGAGGCCAUUCAGAUAAUUUGAAUAUGUAUUACACAUUAAAAGUUAUGAAAUUUUUGUUAAUUUUCUUGGGAAUGAUAAUAGUAUUGUGAUUAUAUAGGGAAUAUUCUUUAAGUGCUUCAAUAUUUGUUGAAGAAUUAUUGAAGUUUCAUGAUGUCACUCAAUAAAUAUCAAAUGUUUCAGCACAAAAAUGUAUAUGUGUGUAUAUAAAUUGAGAAAGAUUUUAAUGUGGUAAUAUGUUGAUAAUCUAGAUGGGGUAUAUAUGAGUGUUUAUUUUAUCAUUUUUCCAAAUUCCCUCUAGUUUAAAAAGGGUAAAAAGAUGUGUCAGAAAAAGUAAACAACUGUAUUAAUUAGUUAUUAAUUCAUUAAAGUAAUGCCAUAAUAAAUUCCUAGAUGUCCAACUCAAAUGCUUUUACUCAGCACAAAAUGUUUUAUAAAUAG